AUGGAGAAGAUCAUCAAAAUAACAAGGCAAGAAGCAGUGGUAGUAGUGCUAGAAAAACCCUCAAGAAGAGAACUAAAAGAGCUAUCAGACAUAGAUGAUCAACAAGGCCUUCGAGUUCGACCUCAAGUGACCAUGGCUUUCAAAGCGAACCGAUCAAAAGUUGGGAAAGAUCCAGCGAAAGUGAUCAAGGAGGCUCUUGCAAAAGCCCUAAUGUACUACUACCCUUUCGCCGGUAGGCUAAGGGAAGGGCCAAAUAGGAAGUUGAUGGUUGAUUGUAACGACGAAGGUGUGUUGUUUAUUGAAGCAGACGCCAAUGUUGGUUUGGAGGAGAUUCGAACUCGAAUUCUACCUCCAUGUCCUUUGUUGGAGGACUUCCUUUAUGAUAUCCCUGGCUCCAAGGGGAUUAUAGGUUUACCCUUAUUGCUAUUUCAAGCAGGAGAAAUAAAUCAUGAACACCAAUUUAAGGAUGGAGGCAACAUGGUCCGAGGAUGCUUCCACUUUGGUCCGAAACAAAUACGAGCAAUCCGCAACCUAUUUCCUCCCAACGUACAACACUCUAGCUCGACGUUUGAGCUACUAUGUGCAUUCAUGUGGAGAUGUCGUACGAUUGCCCUUCAACCCGAACCCGAUGAAAUCGUUAAGUUUUCGAUGUACAUAAGUAUACGAGGAAAACAAUUCACGCCUAUACCAACCGGUUACUAUGGUAAUGCCGUUGUUUGCCCUGCAGUAGCCACAAAAGCUAAGGAUUUGUUACGCGAAAAUUCAUGGACUUAUGCAUUACAAUUAGUAAAGGAAUCAAAAGAAAAAGCGAACGAGGAAUAUGUUAGAUCUAUGUUGGAUUAUACGGUUAGUAAUGGAAGGCCGGAUUAUACGGAGUAUUUGCAUUGGAUGACCACAAAUCAUGUGUAUGUAGGACUCGAAAAGGUUGAUUUCGGGUGGGGAACUCCGUUGUAUGCCGGAGUUCCUAGGCCACAUUUUGUGCAAAGUAUGUUUACACGGUUUGAGAAUGAUAGAGGAGAAAUGGUUAGGGCUGUGCUUAUGCUUUUGCCUUUACAAGCUAUGAGUAGGUUAAAGGAAGAGUUGCGAAAAAUCGUUGAUGAUCAACGUGAAAACUCACGUAUUAUACAAGCAAGUUAUGAGAUUGCUAGGCUUUAG